AUCAGGAAACAACAAAGAAACAAAGGUACAUAGUUGAUUCCGCGAACCAGCCUAAUGGGUAUAAUAAUGUUUCAGGUAACAUCGUGAGUCAGGUCGUCCCACACUAGGUACCCCGUCUCUCCCACCACUCUCGUGUCUCGUCCAAAUUCCCGGUACUGAUCAGUUGAUUCACGACACCCGAACCAAAAAACAAUGGCAAACAGCAACUCCGACAAGCCCACCGUGAUGGUCACCAACGACGACGGAAUCGACGGCCCUGGACUUCUUGCCCUCGUCCACGUCCUCGUCUCCACCAAUCGCUACAAUGUUCUCGUCUGCGCUCCCGACUCGGAAAACUCUGCUGUGAGUCACUGCAUCACUUGGCGUCGUCCGAUUGCCGCCAAACAAGUUGACAUCGCCGGAGCAACGGCUUUUGCUGUUUCUGGGUCUCCGGCUGACUGUGCUUCUUUGGGUGUUUCUAAAGCGCUUUUUCCUUCAGUUCCUGACUUGGUGAUCAGCGGCAUAAACAAGGGCAGCAACUGUGGUCAUCACAUUGUUUACUCUGGUACUGUGGCUGGCGCUCGAGAAGCUUUCUUUAAUGGUGUACCUGCUGUCUCUGUAUCGUAUGAUUGGGUUGAAGGCGAGAGUCACAUUAAUGACUUCACACUUGCUGCCGAGGCCUGCUUACCUAUCAUAAAUGCAAUACUCGUGGAAAUAAAAAAUCAAACCUUUCCUCAAAGAUGUUUUUUGAAUGUAGAUCUGCCAACAAACGUUGCUGCUCAUAAGGGGUAUAAGCUGACUAAGCAGGGUAAUAGUAUAAGCAAAAUGAGGUGGAGGCAAGUUACUUCGAAGAUGCCAAAAAUGUUGUCAUCAAUGGAAAUGGAGAAAGAUUCAGCAACAUCUACUGGAAUUGAUACAUCAACUACGCCAAAAGAAGAUCCUUUGUUCUCAAGAGAGGUAACUGGUUUCCAACAUGAUACUGAUGAUGAUACCGACCACAAAUGUGUUAAAGAAGGAUAUAUUACUAUCACUCCUCUAGGUGCCUUCUCUAAUGCUGAUGUAGAUUGCAGCACCUACUUAAAAGAGUGGCUUCCAAAUGUAGCUGACCUCUCCUCUUCAUCUGCCCUAUAAAGGAUUUGUAAAAGGAUUCUUCAAAAUCAGCUGAAAUAUUGUAAUCUCAAUCAAGUCCCUCAGAAGAAAUCGGAACCAGAUUGAUUUGGGUUGGCGGUGAAAGCUUGGAACUCAUUCUUACCAUUUCUUUCUAAAUGAAGUUCCUGUGUCGUUAUAGUAAUUUCAAUGACUAUAAUAAGAAUUAGAACUUUUAAAGGUGUGUCACACAUACCUCAUAUAAAAGUAUAAAACGUGUUGAAGUUACAUCAGUCCUCCGUUUUGAAAGAUAUGAUGAACUUUAGUACAAUUACUACUGUAUAUUUAAUCCCUACUUUCACCAGGUGUCCCCUGCUUUAGUGGCUACUGUAUAUUUAAUCCCUACUCUAAGCAUUUUCAUCAUCACUCGAAUCAUACAUAAAAUAAUGAUGGCACUUCUAAUUCAAUUUGUAA